AUAUUUCAACGCCUGACCCAUCCUCUUUCACUUCCACAUUAGCUUCCUCUACCUCUCCGUCUUCUGGAUCUUCAGAUCCCUCUUUGACACCUAACGGUAGAACCACCACUAACGCCUCCUCAACGUCAAAUAACAAUGUUAAAUAUAACUAUACUACCUCUUCCGCUCAACCCUCAUACCUCACAACGAACCAAUUUCAACAAGCAUACCACCCUUUCCCAUUAUUAGAUAGAAGUCACACACCACGAAAUAUUGCAUUAUACUCGUUCUUAAUUGGGACGACUUUUGGGAUAGGUAUCUCGAUAGCUGUUGCCUCAAAUACAAUGCCUCAGUUAGGUAUGUUCCUUGCAGCAUUAGCCUUCUUUCACAUAAUGGAAUAUUUGUUGACAGCUAUGGUUAAUUCGGACAAGUUGUCUUUGGAUGCAUUCCUUAUACAUAAUGGAGUCGCGUAUCAUAUAGCGCAUAGUGCUGGUCUGAUCGAAUUUCUAACAGAGUUAUAUUUCUUUCCGGAAUUGAAAAAGAUUUGGUGGGCUAAAUUCAUAGGACAAACAGCACGAAGCCUCGCAAUGUGGCACGCAAAACACAAUUUCUCUCACCAGAUCGCCUUUCGAAAACAUCGCGAUCACGAGUUAGUCACCACUGGCAUAUACAGCAUCUUACGACACCCUUCAUAUUUUGGGUUCUAUUAUUGGGCGGUGGGCACUCAAGUGUUGCUGUCUAAUCCUAUCUGUUUCGUUGGUUAUUGUGUGGUGUUGUAUCGGUUUUUCCGAGAUCGAAUUCAACACGAGGAGCCGUUGUUAAUUAAGUUCUUUGGCGAGGAUUAUGUGGCGUAUCGACAACGAGUUAGAGCGUGGCUUCCGUUUAUAAAAUAG